AUGGAAACAUCACCUCUGAAGAAAAAAGGUGCUUCUCCGAGCUUCGCUAUCGAAUCAUGGGACGAUGACGAUGACUUCAAAGAUGUCGGCGACCUUCGCAUGUCGAAACCUUCCUCUCGCUUCAGCGACCGUGGCUCGACUCCUUCCCGUCUCUCGGUCGCCAGCGAUACUCUCCACGACCUCGCAUUCAUGGAUGAUAUGGAGAAGGACUUUGUAUUGCCUCAUUUGGCGUCUAUAAUCUCACCUGAGGAUGCCAUCCGUUCUGCCAACAAAGCCGGCAUCCCCUUGCCUAAGGAUAUUCCUGCUUCAGCUCUCACCGGGGGUUCUAUCAGAAAAAUUGGUGCUUCCUCUAAGCGCGUAGUCAAGGUCGACUGGACCGAGGAUCUGGAAAUCGACACUUCUGUUCCCAAGUUUUUAACCGUCAAAAAGGUUCGAAGCAGCGAGUUUCCUCUUGACGCCUUCCAAACCUCCUCUGAGGAUGAAAGGAGCCAAUUCCAUGACGAAGAUGACAUUCCAACUAUCAGGGCCCACAAAAGAUCCCCUAGGAGAAGUCCCCUCAUCGAUGCUUUCAGAUUACCAACUCCCGAAAUCCCGUCUGAACAGGAACUCGCCGCUAAGUUGCCGCCUCCCACCGAUCCUUUCGAUGCCUUCGAUGCUAUUGACGACCUCCCGACCGAUCUACCGGUUGUUCCAAGUAGCGAAAGGAAGUCCGAAAUUCAAGCAAAUCUCUCAAAUUUCAUGGAUAGCGAUACCGAUGAACUGGCAGAGGGCAGCUUGGGUACCAGGCACGGUGGAAGAUACCGAUCCAACUCCAUCAUGUCCACAAUGAGUCCGAGUUUGGCAAGCACUUUUACAGUAGAAAGCGAAGACGAGAGUUUCAACUGCAUCGAGCUGCCCCAAGCCGAUUUCGAUUUCCAAUACGCGCUUGAGGAAAAACGGAAAUCCAGAUUGCUCGCUAGAACCGCAUCCGACCUUCGAAAUGCUGGCGAACAAUCCAAAGAUGAUUUCUUAGAUGACAUUGAAAUCGGAGAAGGUGGUCUUCUGAGUUCAAAAAUCAACCGCAACAAAAAUAUUCUCUUAAAAGCCACUCCCACGAGUCCAAGGAGGAGCGCUGUCACGUUAACGUUUACGAGAAUUGGGGAACAGAAAAUGAAGAAAUCCCACGCGCGGAGGCUCUCCAUCAGCUCCAAUCAUAGCACGCUAGAAUCGGUUGACGAGGGCACACCGGGCCGCCCAGCUUCCCUGGAAAUUAGCAUCGAAUCCCAGAAAGGAGAUAACCAAAAACGGCCCCAACCCACUCUCAAGCGUACCGAUCCCAGCAAGCAAUCACGACUUCUUCGACCCCAGAGAUCAACACCCAACCUCAAAGCCCAGAACUCGGCCCCUAUGAAACUCCCCCAGGCGCUUCCUCCUCCCGUGCCCCCAAUCCCUCGAAGUUUCUUCACCGAGAAUGACACAAUCCCUACCAUACCGACAAUGCUACCAGUUCGAGCAGGAUACAAGGGUUUACCAAUUAAUAGACCUCCUUCCCGUACUAUGCCCAACCGGCCACCGUCCCGAAACAACAGUCGCGCUGCGUCUAGAUCAAGCAAUCGGUCAGAGUCUCGCGGACCGCCUCCGAAAUCACCAUCCGCGGAGCAUAGUCAUUCGAUAAACAGAUACAUGAAUACGUCCCGACCUUCUUCCCGCGCUAGCAUUGGUAGUCGUUCCAAGUCUCCAGGCCGACCAUCAACACCCUCACAAAGGCCACCGUUCCUUCCAGCAGGCGCGUCUCAGUCGCAAUCACAACAUGUUCUCAGUAAACUCCAGCGAAAGUCGUCUGCAAAAGCCCUACGGCCUCCGUCCGCCCAAGAUUCCCGUCCUCCAAGUAGGUCGUCAAGGAUUAGGGAACGUUCCCCGCUUCGUAAUGCUCAACCGGUGGCAGUUACAGCUUCACCCUCAUCUGCAUCCGGAGUUAUAGCACCGGAACCUCUCCGAAAGGAAGCUGCCUCAACAAAUUUCAUGCUAGCACCAGUAAAAAAACGGCACUACGGCAUUGGUAACGAGCUCGAUGCUUUCGAUGAUCUUCCGACAAGCCUCAAACUCGAAAGCAAAUUCACUGUGAAACCUGUUGGUCAAGGAGCUCCGCGAGCCCUAAGGUCCACCAAAAGGGCAACUCUCAACACCGUUGCUCCUCCUGAGGGAACUCUACCCGUCAAGGAAACUAAGCUACCGCGCUCCAACCGUCGCCUAAUAACUCCCCCUUCAGCACAGCGAGGAGCCCUUCCGCUCGUAGGCGAAAUCGAGCAGAAGAGGCCAUCCUGGCGAACCAAAGCUCCUAAGCGCCUUAAUCAUGAUAUGCCACAAAGACCACAGCUCAUUACCGCCGCAACCUUACCAAAUCAAGCAAAGGCCGUCAACGAUAUGGUUUACAAUCCAACAACCUUCCGAUGGGAAGGAAACGAACACGCAGUCCGCGGAUUUGAAAAAGAAGAAUUUCUCCCCACCGCUCUCCCACGCCCAGCUCUCAUCUCCAGCGUCAAGUCAUCUAAAAACAUCCAGGUUGUUGGGAAGAUGGUGUUUGAUCCCAAUCAUAUGUGCUGGCUCAAGGUGGAUGACACCGGUUCGGACGACGAAGCCAACGCUUUAGCCGACAUCGACGAUCUGAAGGAUACGAACUCUAUGACUGAAAGAAGCACCCGAGAUAGUGCACAUGGCGCAUCUCUUAACGAUCUAAUGACGGCGGAGGAGUUUGAUGUCGGACCGGAGUUUACUAGAAGACAGAGGGAGGAAGAGCAGCGAUGGCGAAGGAAAGUUAGUGGCUGGAUAUCCUCUAAUGACGCCCGAGAUCCCAAUCGGUCUUGGGAGCUACGCGACAUUGCUCUCUCGAAGACCGACUCCGACUACAACUGA